AUGGAUCCAGCCAACCUACCCUCAAAUCCGAACGAGAACGGAGCAGCCGAUAUUCUUGGUUCCACUUUGUUUGUUGUUUGCUUAGCUACAGUUGUUGUGCUUGCUCGCUUGUAUGUGAGGGUUUUUAUCAUCCGUGGUACUGGAUGGGAUGAUGCCUUCAUGCUAUUGACAAUGGCCAUGAACUGGGCUGGCGAGGGUGUAGUCAUUGCUUCUGUGGCCUAUGGUGCUGGAAGACAUAUUGGUGAUGUUGACCCAGCUGUCUUCCAAACCGGAAUGAAACUCAAUUUCAUCACUCAGCCCAUCUUCCUUAUAGCCAUCUGCGUCGUCAAAUUGUCAGUGGGAUGCGCUCUAUUACGAAUCGCCUCAACCAAAUUCUACCGUUGGUUGAUCCUUGGUAUCAUGGUUUUCAUGUCAAUCUACACCAUUGGAUGCUUCUUCACCGUGGUACUCCAAUGCACAGACCUUCGCGCCCUCUGGGAUCCUAUGGUCCCUCGUCAGUGUUGGUCACAAAACACACUACAGAGUCUAUCAUACACAAACUCUGCCCUCAACAUCUUGACUGAUCUUUUUUUCGCCAUCAUCAUCCCUACACCCAUGCUAUGGAAUCUCAACGUCCACUUCCGCACCCGUAUGACGCUCCUCGCCAUUCUUGGCCUUGGUAUUUUUGCCUGCGCCGCCGCCAUCGUCAAAGUCGGUUAUGUCACCAACUAUGGUAAGCUCGGUGACUGGCUCUGGGACUCUCGCAACAUCACCAUCUGGACCGUCGUCGAGCUCAACGUCGGUGUCAUCGCCGCCAGCUUGCCCUGCCUCAAGCCUCUCUUCCGUCGCUUCCUCGGCAGCUACUAUGGGAAGAACUCCAAAAAGACUCCAACAACUGGUAAUACUGGUUAUGGGCGUGGUACACUGCGCAGUGCAACACUGCGUAACAGCAAGAACUGGCACACUUUAUCAAGCGGGCACAGACAAGACGAUGAGACGGCUAGUCAAGAGCACAUAAACGAUUAUGAGCUUCGGGAUAGGAUGGCUAGCCCUGCUGGUGCAAACACAACAACAGUACUCAGUGAUCUUGGACGAUCGAGUGAUGAGCUGAGCACAGGUAGUACGGGACAUAAAGGUUCUUACCCAGUUGGCAUCACCAAAACAACCAUGACAACGGUUGAAAUUUCGACCAAGGGCUCCUAG